GCAGUGGAUCAUCUCGUCAACAAUGCUGGAAUCACCUCUUUGUGCUCUAUAAAUGAUGUGACGGACAUUACGAAGUUUACAUCUGUUAUGGAUAUCAACUUCUGGGGAUCUGUUUACCCAACUUACUUUGCAAUUCCUCAUCUGAAGAAGACAAGAGGGAAGGUGUUUGUCAAUUCUUCAUCCGUGGCAAUUUUGCACCCGCCAUCUUUAAGCUUCUAUACUGCGAGUAAAGCUGCAUUAAUAGGCUUUUACGAGACCAUGAGACUUGAAUUGGCUCCGGAAAUCUCAAUUACCAUUGCAACGUUAGGAUUUACUGAUUCGGAAAUAACACGAGGAAAGCACCUAAAAGAUGGGGUCUUGCAAGUUGAAUCAGAAUUAGCUAAUAAUGUUGUUGUUCUCCCAGUUAUCAGUUCUAGUGACUGUGCAAAAUCAAUUGUAAGUGCAAUAUGCCGGAAAAAGAGAUAUAUUACAGAGCCAAAAUAUUUUUGGGUGCUGUUUUUCGCGAAAACUGUGUGCCCUCGAGCGUUUGAAUGGUUUAAUCGUACAUUUAUGUCGAAGUUGUGUACCGGUGCUUUACAAUCACAAGCCAAGAAAGCAUAAAGAAGUGGAAAAAGAGGAGUGGAUAUCUAACUGAUGUUAUUGCUCUUAUUAUGUUAAGUAGCUGGGUUAGCUUGCGACUAUAUUUAUGUUACUGUAAACUUUUCUACGAAGAUUUUACUCUUUUUAUCAUGAUCAAAAGUG